AGUGGCUUGCGCGCUGUACAGUGGAGGGUCCGCCCCCGCACCUGGCCAAGUUGAGGCCCGGCGGGUUGCCGUCGGCACUGUGCAGUGGGGACGCUCAGUGAGCGGCCCGAAGGCGCCUGUCUAGGAGCUGGGGCCGCGCUGCGGUACCGCCCACGCCGCGCUCCAGUGUCCUCUGGCUUCCCUCAGAUGCUGGACCCCACAGGAUGAGUGUCAGAAUCUGCUAAUCGACCUUCAAGACAGCCAGCAGGCAUCCCAAUCAUGGAGGAUUGCAACAUGCACUCAGCUGCGAGUAUCCUGGCCUCGGUGAAGGAGCAGGAGGCCCGCUUUGAGCGGCUGACAAGGGCGCUGGAGCAGGAGCGACGCCAUGUUGUCCUACAGCUGGAACGAGCUCAGCAACCUGGUGUGGGCAAUGGUGGCAUAGGCAGUGUGCAGCCCCUGCCAAUGGCCUGGCAACAACUGGUCCUGCAGGAGCAGAGCCGGGGAAGCCAGGCUUCUCUUGUCACAAUGCCAGAGGCACCUGAGGUACUGGAGGAAACAGUGACAGUGGAGGAGGACCCUGGCACACCUACCUCCCAUGUGUCCAUUGUCACCUCAGAAGAUGGCACUACCCGACGCACCGAGACCAAGGUCACCAAGACAGUCAAGACAGUGACCACACGAACCGUUCGCCAGGUGCCUGUGGGUCCAGAUGGCCUCCCACUGUUGGACAGUGGACCCCCACUAGGCCCUUUCCCUGAUGGCCCCCUGGACCGGCACUUCCUGUUACGUGGGGGUGGCCCAGCAGCCACGCUAUCCCGUGCCUACCUCAGCAGUGGGAGCAGCUUUCCUGAUGGGCCUGAGCCCCGUGAAGUUCCCAGCUAUGGCAGCCUGUCCCGUGGGCUGGGUGUCCGACCCCCGCGUGGUGGCCCCCUUGGCUCAGGUCCCAGUGAUGGCUGCUUCACACUGCCUGGGCGCCGUGAGACAUUUCCAGUGGGCCCUGAGCCAGUGACUCCGGCUGGCCGCUCCCAGCCUGAGCACUUCCAGGCAGAGCCAUAUGGCCUGGAGGAUGACACUCGAAGCCUGACUGCUGAUGAAGAGGGUGGCCCAGAACUGGAGCCUGACUAUGGCAUGACUGCCCGGAGGAGGCCUGACUGUGGACGAGGCUUUCGCACCAGGGCUUAUGAGGAUGUGGCAGAUGAUGGUGGUGAGCUGAUGGAGGAACGACCCCCAUUUCCAGCUGUGACAGCACCCCUGGCCCAGCCAGAACGGGGCAGCCUGGGCAGCCUGGACCGGGUGGUGCGGCGUUCGCCCUCUGUCGACAGUGCCCGCAAGGAGCCACGCUGGCGGGACCCUGAGCUGCCAGAAGUACUGGCCAUGCUGCGGCACCCUGUGGACCCUGUGAAGGCCAAUGCAGCUGCCUACCUGCAGCACUUGUGCUUUGAAAAUGAGGGCAUCAAGAGGCGUGUGCGACAGCUACGGGGGCUGCCGCUGCUCGUGGCUUUGCUGGACCACCCUCGGGCAGAAGUGCGGCGCAGGGCCUGUGGGGCACUGCGGAACCUCUCCUAUGGCCGGGACACUGAUAACAAAGCUGCCAUCCGGGACUGUGGUGGUGUGCCUGCCCUGGUGCGCCUGCUGCGGGCAGCCCGGGACAAUGAGGUUCGAGAGCUAGUCACUGGCACACUCUGGAACCUGUCAUCCUAUGAGCCCCUGAAGAUGGUCAUCAUUGACCAUGGCCUACAGACGCUAACACACGAAGUCAUUGUGCCCCAUUCGGGCUGGGAGCGUGAGCCCAACGAGGACUCUAAGCCACGGGAUGCAGAGUGGACAACUGUCUUCAAGAAUACCUCGGGCUGUUUGAGGAACGUGAGCUCGGACGGUGCAGAGGCCCGGCGGCGACUCCGGGAGUGUGAAGGGCUGGUGGAUGCACUCUUACAUGCCCUGCAGUCAGCCGUGGGCAGGAAGGAUACGGACAACAAGUCGGUGGAGAAUUGCGUGUGCAUCAUGCGGAACCUGUCCUACCACGUGCAUAAGGAGGUGCCAGGGGCCGAUAGGUACCAGGAGACUGAGCCUGGGCCCCUGGGUGGCGCUGUGGGCCCCCAGCGCCAGAGGAGGGAUGAUACCGGCUGCUUCGGUGGCAAGAAGGCCAAAGAGGAGUGGUUCCAUCAAGGGAAGAAAGAUGGUGACAUGGACCGGAACUUUGAUACCCUGGACCUCCCCAAGCAAACAGAGGCUGCCAAAGGCUUUGAGCUGCUGUACCAGCCUGAGGUGGUACGUCUCUACCUCUCCCUCCUCACUGAGAGCCGGAACUUUAAUACCCUCGAGGCUGCUGCUGGUGCCCUACAGAACCUCAGCGCUGGCAACUGGAUGUGGGCCACAUACAUUCGUGCCACGGUGCGCAAGGAGCGUGGACUGCCAGUGCUCGUAGAGUUGCUGCAGUCUGAGACCGACAAGGUGGUGCGUGCCGUUGCCAUUGCCCUUCGCAACCUGUCUCUGGACCAGCGCAACAAGGACCUCAUUGGGAGCUAUGCCAUGGCAGAACUGGUGCGGAAUGUGCGCAGUGCACAGGCUCCAGCUAGACCUGGCGCCCGCCUGGAGGAGGACACGGUGGUGGCUGUGCUCAACACUAUCCAUGAGAUUGUGUCCAACAGUCUGGACAACGCACGCUCGCUCCUGCAAGCCCGAGGCGUGCCUGUGCUGGUGGCACUGGGUGCAGCCAGCCAAUCCAUGCGUGAGGCAAAGGCUGCAACCCACGUGCUGCAGACAGUGUGGAGCUACAAGGAGCUGCGUGGUGCCCUGCAGAGGGAUGGCUGGUCCAAGGCCCGCUUUCAGUCAGCUACUGCUAACAUCAAGGGGCCUAAGGGAGCAGCGAGUCUUGGUGGCUUUGAGGAUAGCAUGCUUCCACUGGUGGACAAGAGCCUCGAUAGUGAAAAACCUAGCAGCCAGGAUGUGAUACCCCUGGAGACUCUGGGCCCAGAUGGAUACUCCACCACAGACCGAAGGGAGCGGAGGGCUCGAGGCAGUGAUCCUGCAGGCGAGCUUUCUGAGAAGGAACCAUUGAAACCCGACCCUGGCAGAAAGGUCCCUCCUCCUGGGCCCAGCAGGCCCUCAGUCAGGCUGGUGGACGCCGUGGGGGACACUAAACCUCAACCUGUUGACUCCUGGGUCUAGCUUGCAUGCCUGGGCCCAAGCCCAGCCAUCUGUUCUUAGGGAUCUGAUCACAGGGAGAAGGAAACUUCUGGGCCGUCCUGCGCAGACCUUGCUGUGGCACUCGGAGCCCCCUUGCGGCAGGGUUUGGCAGUACUUCUCGCUGAGCCAGGCCAGACAUUCUGGACACAACUCCUUCCUGCCUCCUUGUUCCCUACUCUCUCCCCCCAGGUCAUAGGUCAUGCUGUGUGUGUGUGUGUGUGUGUGUGAGAGAGAGAGAGAGAGAGAGAGAGAGAGAGAGAGCAUGCGCGAGAGAGAGAGCUGCAGGACAGGAUACCUGGCUUGGCUUCGGCGCUGCCAGUAGUAGUACGUGUUCCUAUCUAUGCAGUGCCCCUGCUCAGGCAGCUGUGAGGGGCUCCUCUAGGCCCUAGGUUUCCUUGCAUGGCCUGCAGACCAUGGAUGUGUGGCUGCUCCAGGGAGGCUGUCCCAGAAGUGAAGCUUGAGAGGCAGUGAGAUGGGAGUCAGGCUGUGCUUGUCCCCAGCUGCCCUUGGACAGGUGGAGCCCCGCCUAGUGGAGGCGUCCUACGGGGCCUGUCUGAAUAGCGCUGCUGGAACUGACUGUUGGUAACAGCUGGGGACUGCUGUUCAGUGCCUGCUGUUUGUGACAUAAAAACAGAAGAAAAUAACUCACAAAAAUAAUUAAAAGCAAAACCAUAGUAUGAUUGGUUAUUAGCUAACAUCUAAAUUUUUGUAAGAAAAUUUGAAAAUUAAAAUAGCAACAAAGUAACUUCUGUCCUCUGUG